CGCCAACUUUUUAGAACAAGUAGACAGACAAAAUUUCGAAGAAUCUGAUAAACUCAACUUUUUCUUCCACACUCGAUGGCACUAGGCGCUAGAACGAUUAGACUACGAACCUUUGGCACCUAGAAAGUUAAGAAAACACCUUGGCUGCAGAAUAGUAGUUAUUUCUAAUUCGUUCUGGACGACUUUCAUAUGUGAUAGAGCUCAGUGUUCUAAAAAGGUUUGCCAUUUGGUACCCCAAUUUGGGUAAUAGAAAUAAGCAAAUAGGCAAAAAAAGGACGAAAAUUUCAAAGAGUGUCUCUAAUUACCCAAAAGUAUUUUAAUGUGAAAUAGACUGAAAAUUGUCUCAAGAGUCUGAAGAUUCUAUCGCUUACGAAAAAUUAUUUUGAGAAAAGUUUUUAUGAAUCUGUAAACUUUUAAAAGAGCUAAUAUUAAUUGUUUAUAAAGAUUUUCCUUAAAUAGAAACUUCAUGUUGACGGUGCUUUUUUCUUCAAAUCAAAGUACUGCUACUUGGAAUCAGACUAUCGAAAUAGUCUUCAUUCAUAAUUCGAUGAUAAUUAUGCAAUGUUUCUUUUCAGGAUGGUUUUUCGAUUAAAUUCAGUUAUCCACUGGGCAACAUGGUGCAGUUAAUAAAUAAUAUUCUGCUUGUUCAAUUACCUGCACUACGAUCUCUCGACUUGGGCAUGGAAUAUUACGGGACAAGUUGGCCCAUUACCACUUGCAUAGCUCCACUUACCUAUCUGUGUCUUGGUUUGCGAAGUAUGGAUAUUUUAGUUCGUCUUAUAUCAACACCAUCACUCUCUAACACAUUACGUCAAUUACACGUAAAAUUAUGUAAUAAUACCUUCAACACUCAGACUACUAUAUCAACGACUAACCUAUCGAUUCGAAUGGUUAAUUUACAUACAUUUACUCUUGUUCAAAAUUUUUUCUCGGAGUUGACAAUUAAAUGGACAGUUUUCGAAAUUCUGACAUCCUCCAAUGUAAUGCCUAUUCUUCGACGUACUAAUGUGUCCAUUUUUAUUAAUAUUAAUGAUCUAAAUCGUGUUAGUUCAUCACCACUUUUUACGGAUCAUCGUCAUGUUGAUGUUAAUUUUGCUUUCAAUCUUAUAAAUUGUCCUCAAUACAUCAAAAUGACUCAAUAUAUCCCGCGUGGUAAUCGUUUUCAUCCACGAGAAAUAGUCGGUGCAACAUUCGUUGUUAAUCAUUGGUCUGACCGAUCAGAAUGGCUCACUGAUAGCGAUCCUUUUGUAAGUUAA